UUGGAUGACAUGGGGGUGAGUAAAUUCUCAGCAAAAAUCUUUUUAAAAGUGAACUACUCCUUUAAUGCACUAACUGGUAGCUUUCAUGUUUAUCGCAGGCAGGUUGUAAAGGUUUCAAGUUAUAUUUCAAAAAAAUGUUUUCAUUUAAUUUUUAUUCAUAAUAAUAACAACAACUCCUCGGUGACACACUUCUGAUCUAUAUUACUUCAUAUUAAACUGGCAGAGUACACAAUUACAGAAAGUCUGGUUAUUGUAAAGUCUAACGUAGUACAUUUUUACCAUAAUGCUUUCUGAUUUGUAAGACAUGUUUAUUGUUGAAGAAAAGAAAGAUUAAUAAAUGGGAUUAUAAAGGCUGUACAAAUAUGAUUUGCUCUUGGUUAAGUCACACUGGCUUCACCUUUAUUCUGAAUUCAUCUCCACCCUGUUUAAAAGCAGCCGUUUUUCCAAUGGUCCAGCUAUUUGAGAAAGCUUGUAAUAAAGCUCAAAGAACUGGAAACGUGCAACAUCUUAAUGUAUUGUUUAAAAUGCUACAAGUACGGCAUAACGAAUACAUCGCAGGCAAAUGGUGCUGACUCAUCAUGGUGAAUGAGGUGAUUCAGCACAAGGAGAGCCAGGACAGGAAGUGAAAACCCUCUUUUGACCUGUCUGCUGAUUAAUUAUGCAUCAGCAGCAACGGGGAGGAGUCAGAUUACGCAUCGAGUCCGACACAAACAGAUGCUGAAAAGAGAUGCUGCAGUUUGAACUGACAAAUACCAAAGAUCAACAAUUCCUUUUAGAGCUGAUUAUCUUUUUUUAGGGUACCUUUGUAAAACAUGACAAUGGGAGCUGGCUGGGACAAUCGUGGAGCUAUCGAGAGAAGCAUGUUCAUUAUGCGGAUGCUGCUGAGCCUGUUUCCUCUGGUCCUUGUGGUCUGGAAUGGUGAGGCGUUACCUGUACCAAACAAAUUAUCACAAACCAAUGAGAUACUUACCAAAGACCAAAAGGACUUGUUGAAGAUGAUGAUGACAGAUAUGGCAGAGCUGAACCUCACUAGUAAAGAACUAGCUGAUCUUGACCCUGAUAUUCUGAAUGGCACUCUGGGAGAGAAUUCUGUUGUUGAACAGCCAAUCCCUAAAAAUAAAUCUCCAUGCAAGCUCUUCUACUGGAAGACCUUCUCCUCAUGUUAAAACUGGAAACCAGAACAGACACUGAUGAUACGUCUGUUGAAAUCUACAGUCCUGCCUUUACAGUUUGCCAAUAUAACCAUACAUUGUAUUUAAAUCAAUAUGUAUCCCUUGGCUUGCUGUUCUUGUAUUGUAUUUUAUGCCUAAAGACAUUUACAGUGUGAAACAGCUUGUUUGAAUUAACAGCAAUAUUCAAAGAUACAGUAGUCUUUUGCAUGUACACUUUAUACUGUUUGUCAUCCAAGUCCAAAGAAACGUGCUAAUAAAAGUUCAACAAAUCUC